AUAGGCGGGUCCGCCUCACCUAGAAACUACCGAGUAUAGAAGCCAAAGAAACUUCCUUCUUAAUAAAGUCUUCAGUUCCCCCACAUGUCUUAUUCUUCACCUGCAGUUCACCUUGCCAUUUAUCUUUUUCCCCUUUUCACAACAAGCAUUUGUCUUCCGGUAACUCAGUUUGUAAGCUCACCUAUAAAGCUCCCAUCUUUUCUUUUGACAUUCUAUGGCGCUGUUUGUAGUCAAGGUUAUUUGACUCUACUUUCUCUUGUCAAUCUUGUUGACACUCUUUGUCCUGCCUUUUCCUGAUUGUGUCUAUCUUUCUGUCCCUUAAGCAAAGAUGUUUUUAACAAUGCCACCAAACCAAUUUAUUUUGAUUAAGAUUUGUGGGGUCUACAUGUUGUCUAAAUAGUCCUCCCCAUAAAAAAACACCAUCUAGACCAAGCAUAGAAAUAAAGAGAUUA